AGUUGUGAACAGAUCUCAGUGCUCUCAAAGUGCCACGCUAGUCGAAUAAUCGCUAUGAAUUUCACAAAGUAUUUCAUCUUGGUGCUCGUCGUUCUGGCUGUCUUCAGCGCUGGAGCCGAAGGAGGAUUUCUGAAAAAGCUGGGCAAGAAGAUUGAAAAAGUCGGCAAAAACGUCCACCGUUCGGUUGAGAAAGUCCUCCCAGCGGCUCAAGGUGUUAUCGGCGUUUUGGGAUCAGCGAAAGCCCUUGGAAAAAAAUAAGAUUUAUUCCCAUGUAAUCAUAAGCUCUCAAUCUGUACUACAACAUUAUUUAUAUGACAAUAAAGUAAGGUAUUUGUAAUCGUA